CCAAUUAACUAUACAUCACACAUUAUCAAUCAUGUAAACUACCUUAACUCUACCAUAUAUCAUCAUAUCCAUUAAUCCAUGUUAAACAAUGUCUUUAUAUUGUCUGAUAUAAUUAAACUGUUUCAGGAAAGUUUCGCAUUUUUUGCGAUUGUCACCACACAAUUAAAUUUUUUUUUUUUCGUUUUGGAGACGUGUAUUUUUUUUUGUUUUGAUUGUUUCGUCUACAAAUGUUUUACAAAAAACUAUCAACAAAAAAGGCAACACAUAUCUCUCAUAUCAGAUCACAAGGAUAUCUAUCCAUCAUCAUCCAUAUUAAUAUCAAGUAACAAGAGUAACUCACAGUCACUAUGUCAGCUGCCAAUUACUCUGUGGAUCACAAUGCUUCCAGUGCUGCCUUACGUAAACGGAAAACUUUAAAGAAAUCAAUCAAUUUCUCCGUUAUGAUUAUUGGUGAAAGUGGAUCAGGUAGAUCCACUUUAAUCAAUACUCUUUGUGGAGGUAAUUCCAUCGUUCCAACCUCAUCUACUGUCAAACAAGAUCCUUUCUCCAAGAAACUCACAUUAAGACAAGAAAAUGUCGAAUUGGAAGAUAAUGAAGGUCAUAAAAUUUCAUUAAAUAUUAUAGAUACUCCUAAUUUUGCUAAUCAAAUCAAUUGUGAAGAUGAUUUUAAAGUUAUUGUUGAUUUCAUAAGACAUCAAUAUGAUGAAGUGUUAUUAGAAGAAUCAAGAGUUAAACGUAACGCUCGUUUUAAAGAUGGUAGAAUUCAUGUUUUGAUUUAUAUGAUUAAUCCUACUGGCCAUGGAUUAUCUGAAAUUGAUGUUAAAUUCUUAUUAUAUAUUAAUAAUUUGGUUAAUAUUAUACCCGUCAUUGCUAAAGCUGAUUCAUUAACUGUUGAUGAAUUAAAAUUAAAUAAACAAUUGAUUUUAGAAGAUUUAAAUUCUUAUGCUAUCAAUUAUUAUAAAUUUAAUGAAUAUGAAUAUGAAUCAGAUUAUAUUGAUGAAGAGAUUAUAGAAUAUAAUAAAUAUUUAAAUUCUUUAGUUCCAUUUGCUAUCAUUGGAGCUAAUGAAUAUAAAGAAAAUCCAAAUGAAGAUGAAGAUUUAUUAAAAUUAAGAGUUCUUAAUCCAUUAAAUACCAAACCUAUUAAUGUUGAAAAUCCAGAAAUUAAUGAUUUUACUAUAUUAAAAAAUGUAUUAUUAAUAACUCAUUUAAAUGAAUUUAAAGAAUUAACUCAUGAUUUAAUUUAUGAAAAUUAUAGAACUGAAGAAUUAUCAGGUAGAAAAUUUGAAUAUUCUCAAACUGGUACAUCAGAUGAUAAAGAUAUCACUAUUGAUGAAAAUGAUGAAUCUCAUAAUUAUUUAUUAAAAGAAGAACAAAUUAAACUUGAAGAAGAAAGAUUAAAGAAAUUUGAAGAAAGAGUUCAUCAAGAAUUAAUCGAUAAACGAAAUGAAUUAUUACAACGUGAAAACGAAUUAAAAGAAAUUGAAAAACGUUUACGAGAAGAAGGUUUAAAACAAGGUGAAGUUGUUUAAAGUUGUUGUUGUUGAUGUUAUAUAGGUUUGCUUUCUUGUUUUGUUUAU